AUUUGGUUUACCCAAAAUUCAAUUUCUAAAUUGAGAGGAGGAUAUAGUAAAUUCACACGCAUUAUCCCCUUCGAGUUUCAUCAUCUCACCCAUUCUUGCAUACAGUGCAGUUACAAUUCCUUCAUUCUGGAUAGACAAUGGCUACUUCUAUAUCCUCUCUUGCAUUUUCUCUUUCUUCUCUCUCCUUUUCUUCCCAAGUCUCACACAAGCCAACUGCCCUCUCCUUUCCCCGUUCAAAGUCUCUUCUAAUUUCCCCUUCCUCCUCUACUUCCCCACUUCUCGUAUCUGCCUCCGCCGCUGCCGCUGUCGAGACCGCCGACCUUAAGAGUUUCGUCAAAUCCAGCCUCCCUGGUGGUUUUGCCGCUCAAACGCUUAUUGGUACUGGUCGUCGCAAAUCUGCCGUAGCUCGUGUUGUCCUUCGAGAAGGCACUGGCAAAGUUAUUAUCAAUUACCGCGACGCUAAGGAAUAUCUUCAAGGAAAUCCAUUGUGGCUUCAAUAUGUGAAAGUUCCUUUAGUAACAUUAGGAUAUGAAAGUAGCUACGAUGUAUUCGUGAAAGCGGAAGGAGGCGGGCUGUCUGGCCAGGCUCAGGCAAUUUCCCUUGGCAUUGCUCGUGCUCUGCUAAAGGUGAGUGAUGAUCACAGAUCACCUCUAAAGAAAGAGGGGCUUUUGACAAGAGACUCCAGAGUUGUGGAGAGAAAGAAGGCUGGUCUCAAGAAAGCUCGUAAAGCCCCACAAUUCUCCAAGCGUUGAGGUUCAAUUUUUCCUCUUCAAUUGUUUUACGUUCCCUCGUUUCCUACUUUAUUUGUACAACCCAGAUGUUUUCUUCUACUUUUCUUUCUCUCUCUAAUGUAGUGUCGUUCCAACAUUUCUCCAUAUUAAAAAAAAAGUCAACCCAAAAUUAAUCA